AUGGCCAACCUGAACAAGACUGAUGCAGUCAUCGACUUGCUUCGCCACAUGCCUUUUGUAGACUUUGUUGAGCCAGACAAAGCCUACGGCAAGCACGUCAUCAUGAAGAAUACACGAUUUCAGGAUUACCGCAGCGAGGCGAUGCAGAAAAGGAUCCGCGACGGGGACCUCGAAUACCACGUUGAGCCUAUAGGCGAUCCCUUACCACCAUCAUGUAUCUCUUUCGGUAACAGCAACGGGCGUAAUGGCUACAAUCUUGUCAUUAACACGGAUGAUGGAUACGUCUACUGGGGGGAACCUUGCGGCCUGCCCGACGAGCCAGCGCCAGAGCUCAAUGCCGUGGUGCAAGAGCGCUACGCCGGGGACGAAACCGAGCGUUGGCGGCAGGGCUUCAACGUAUAUCGCCCACGCGAGUUUUUUGCGCUCUGCAAACAGCGGUUCCGCGAGCUUCGCUGGAUCGGUCUCCAGACGGAUAUAGUUGACGCGGUACCGAUGUACUGGGAGCUUGAUGACGCGGACGACGAGUUCAAGUCGCUUGUGCGCAAAAUGAAAAGAGCUGGGUGGCCGGGAGACGGGCAAGGCCGGGACUGGGACCGAGAGGCCUUUCAAGCGGCGCUCGAGGUGUAUAGCGAUGAAGAGGACGAGGAUGUCGUACAGGCGGCGACAGAAGGGCUAGAUGAUACUCACGUUCACUAG